UCCCGGUGAGGAGCCGCGGGCUGCCGACAUGGAGCCCGAGACGCUGGAGGCGCGCAUCAACAAAGCCACAAACCCCCUGAACAAGGACCUGGACUGGGAUGGUAUAAAUGCGUUUUGUGAGCAGCUCAAUAAGGAGCUAGAGGGUCCUCCACUUGCCACCAGACUUCUUGCCCACAAGAUCCAGUCUCCACAGGAAUGGGAAGCUAUCCAGGCCCUCACGGUGCUGGAGUCCUGCAUGAAGAGCUGUGGCAAACGCUUCCAUGAUGAGGUGGGCAAGUUCCGCUUCCUCAAUGAACUCAUCAAGGUGGUGUCCCCCAAGUAUCUUGGCAGCCGGACAUCAGAAAAAGUGAAGUCAAAAAUCCUGGAGCUGAUGUAYAGCUGGACAUUAGGGCUGCCUCAUGAGGUGAAGAUCUCAGAAGCCUACCAGAUGCUGAAGAAACAAGGGAUUGUGAAGUGUGACCCAAAACUACCCGAUGACGCUCCAYUUCCAGCACCUCCUCCUCGACCCAAGAACAUCAUCUUCGAUGAUGAAGAAAAAUCCAAGACGCUGGCUCGCCUCUUGAAAAGUUCCCAUCCUGAGGAUCUGCGGGCUGCCAACAAGCUCAUCAAGGAGAUGGUUCAGGAGGACCAGAAGCGCAUGGAGAAGAUCUCCAAGAGGGUGAAUGCCAUUGAGGAGGUGAACAACAAUGUGAAGCUGCUGACAGAGAUGGUGACAAACUACAGCAAGGGGGAGACAACGGAAAGCAAUGAGGACCUAAUGAAGGAGCUGUAUCAGCGCUGUGAGCGCAUGAGGCCCAUGCUUUUCCGGCUCGCCAGUGACACAGAAGACAAUGAUGAAGCUCUAGCCGAGAUCCUGCAAGCCAAUGACAAUCUGACACACGUGAUCAAUCUCUACAAGCAGCUUGUACGGGGAGAAGAGAUCAAUGGGGAGAUGGUGGCCGGUCCCCUUCGAGGCAGCACCUCAGCACUUGUAGAUCUGUCUGGCCUGGAGCUUCCAGCAACAUGCCCUUCCUACCCAGCCUUGCCCACCCUUUCAGGUGGCUCAGCAGUCCCCGUGCCUGACCAAGCUGGCUCUGUCUCCUUGCUGGAUGAUGAACUCAUGUCUUUAGGCCUGAAUGACCCAGCACCACAUCCUAUCCAGGCUAGUGACAGCAGUGGCUGGAACAGCUUCCAGUCAUCAGAUAGCAAUGAGCUCAGUAUCACCCCUAUCACAGCAACACCACCAGUCAAAGCAGAUGCCGGUGCAUCCUCCCCCAAACCGUCUCCUAGUAUCAGUGGCCUGGAUGACCUGGACCUCCUAGGCAAGACGCUGCUGCAGCAGUCUUUGCCUCCAGAAUCUCAACAAGUGCGAUGGGAGAAGCAGCAGCCACCCCCUCGGCUCACCCUGAGGGAUCUUCAGAACAGGAGCAGCUCUGGCACCACAGCCCACGAUCCCAGUGUUCCACCUGUACUCCAAAGUAUUACCCCUAACCCCACGCUGCCCCUGACUUCAGAGCUGCCUGCCCCUGCUACACUUCCAAAAGCUGCCACCACACCAGCAGGAAGUACUGGAGUCCCACCACGGGCUCCUGCCACUGCGCUGCCCCCGGAGAUCUCACUGGCCAACAUCACUGUGCCUCUGGAGUCAAUCAAACCCAGCAGCAUCCUCCCUGUGACAGUGUAUGAUCAGCAUGGCUUCCGUGUCCUCUUCCACUUUGCUAAGGAUGCCCUGCCUGAGAGACCUGAUGUGCUUGUGGUGGUGAUUUCAAUGCUUAGUACGGCCCCGCAGCCCAUCCGCAAUAUUGUCUUUCAGUCUGCCGUCCCUAAGAUAAUGAAGGUGAAGCUACAGCCUCCCUCAGGCACAGAGCUACCAGCGUUCAAUCCCAUCAUCCACCCCAGUGCCAUCACCCAAGUYCUGCUGCUCGCUAACCCACAGAAGGAGAAAGUGAGGCUACGGUACAAACUGACCUUCACCAUGGGAGAGCAAACCUACAAUGAAAUUGGGGAUGUGGACCAGUUUCCCCCACCAGAAUCCUGGGGAAACCUCUAGGGCCACAUGUUGUAGGCACUACACUGCAGAUUCCUUAGGCAGCCAGCCCUAUGGGGCUGCAGCAGCCUGAGGAAAUGGGAGGGCGGGCAGGGGCUACUGCUCAUACUCUAUUCUCCAGAUGGCYGGGCAAGGGCCAGAGGGAGCAUGCCUCAAGGAGGAGAGCAGAGAUGCCAGGAGAUGUUCAUUCCCACAAGACUAGGAGUGGAGUGGAAAGCUUCAAGUGUGUGAACAGUUGCCUUCCCUGCUCUUCUGAAGAUGACACUCCCUCCCCAGUCUGUCCAGCUUCUCUUCUAAUCCUGCUUUCCCGCUUUAGGUGCAUAGGGCAACAAGGACAGGGAGCUUUAACAACCUCAGCCUAGGACAAGGCCUAGCAAAGGAAGAUCCUUUUCCUUGUCUAUCCCCUCUGCUCAUCCCAGCCCUUCAGCUGCUUUGUGCUCUAUGAUGCUCUCUCUUGUCCCCCUUGCCCCUUCCUUGGAGCUGGGCCCCAGUGAUUCURUGUCUGGUGGGAUCACAUGGGAGCUGAUGUGGAACAAGGCUGGGCAGAACCUCAAUAUCUCUCCAGCACCAGAGAGUAGACAGCUGCCCUUGCUGGGGCAGGGGGGAGGGGGGGGUUGGUGUUAGGGUGAGUGAUCAUCACAUGUCUCUGUCCUAGCUGCUUACAGAGCUGUUGGUGGGACGUUGGGGCCUCAGGGGCUGGGAAGGGCUUGCUCUGUGUCUUCCCAGCUCCUUCAGCUGRCAUUCUGAACCCUUGCAGCAGAGAAGCCUACACCAUUCCCACAGGCUUUAUCAUAGCCAGCUUUGGGAACCGUGGCCAGAGAGGGGCAUGCUGUGUGGGUUGAGUCUCCCUGCAGCCUCCUGCCAGAUAGGGAGAGGAAGCAGCACUUAGGCUUCCUAUCCAUGGCUGGACUGGAGAGCUUGGUGGGGCAGGGAGUUUUCUCAGCUCUUCAGUGUCCUCUCGAGGAGCGGUGGGUGAUGGGCUGUGAGUCAGGAGUCGGCUGGGCUCCCGUCACCACUAAGCUCUACACU